AUGGAGGAUGAUCUUGAUGUUUCGGUGACAAGAGCAGGAGAAACACCAAACAAUAAUGAUGGAAAUGUUAUCAAUGGCAUUGGUACCGGAAAAGAAGCUAAUGCUGGAAGCAAUAAUGGAGAUCCUCUAUUUUUACAAAAUUCGGAUCAUCCAAGCAUGAUAUUGGUGUCUAGUCCACUAACUGAAAACAACUAUUUGACAUGGAGCAGAUCAAUGAAGGUCGCGUUUGGAGCUAAGGUGAAAUUAGGUUUCAUCAAUGGAAGUUGCAAAGCACCAGAACCUGAUUCACCUACUUUUGAACAAUGGACAAGAGUGGAUUGUAUGGUAACUUCUUGGAUACUAAACUCUAUUUCUAAGGACAUUGUUGAUGCUUUUCUAUACUCUACAUCUGCUAGAGAUCUUUGGCUAGAAUUGGAAGAAAGGUUUGGAGAUUCAAAUGGACCUUUACAGUAUCAUUUGCAACGAGAUAUUAGUACAAUUAGUCAAGGAAAUCUAACUAUGGCACAAUAUUAUACCAAACUGAAGAAACUUUGGGAUGAAUUGGCAUCUAAGAGAAUGUGUGACAUUACUUCUUCCAAUAGGCUGAUGCAGUUCUUAAUGGGACUAAAUGAUUCUUUUGAUCAUAUUAAGAAUCAGAUCCUACUAAUGGAUCCACUGCCUACUGUUAACAAGGCAUAUUCAUUGGUGCUUAGGGUGAAAAAACAAAGAGAUGUUCAUAUUGCUUUUGCUGAAACUGUUGAUGGAAAUGCUAUGCUUGCUAGAUCACAGAAUUACAGGAAAGAUGGAACAGGAAGAUGUGCUACUAGAAAACCACCAGGUUAUGGUAGAUCUGAAUUACAGAAGCAAGAUUAUGACAAAACAGAAUAUAGACACUGUGAUCAUUGCAAUAGAGAUGGUCAUACAAAGGAAUCUUGUUUCAAGAUUUAUGACUACCCCGAUUGGUACAAGGAUCUGAGAGAACAAAAGGGAAACACUCAAGGAAGAGGUAGAGAAGGCUUUUCAGGAAGAUUUAUGACUACCCCAAUUGGUACAAGAUGGUCAUACCUGGAUACUUAUGCAGGUAUGAAAGUUCAAUAUGCUUUUAACUCUAAGGAUAGUACACUUGCUGUGUUAGAUGUAGGAACCUGGAUAGUUGAUACUGGUGCUUCAAACCACAUGUGCACUGAUUUAAAAUUGCUUUCUCAACCUAAACCAAUAACUCAAAUCAUACCUAUACAUUUACCUGAUGGAACCAUAAAAUUUGUUCAACAUAUUGGCCAUGUGAAACUUAGUCCUGAUCUGAUUUUGACAAAUACUUUACACAUUCCCUCUUUUAAAUUCAAUUUGUUAUCUGUUAGUAAAUUAGUCAUUAUAAACAACAUUAAAUGCACUUUUUACCCUACCUAUUGCUUGCAGCAGGACCUGCAGAAUGAGAAGAUAUUAGCAGUUGGUAAAAUGAUAAAGAACUUGUACAUUUUGGACAAGUCCUCUUUUUCUGCUGAUAGAAUUCAAUCAUUUGUUUGUAAUAAAGAGUUUGCACAGAAUGCUUGUAAUAGAACCUUUCAAGCUGCUACAUGUAAUAAGUCUCAUUUCUUCAAUAAAACUUCUAUUCCUGGAUUAGUUCUUUGGCAUAACGGAUUAGGACAUGCAUCUGUUACAGCCUUACAACACCUUGAUUUUUGUCCUACCAAUGCAUCAUUACCUAUUUGUGAAAUCUAUCAUUUGGCUAAACAACAGAGAUUGCCUUUUCCAGUUAGUAAAAUUCGUUCAAAGAGCAUUAUUGAUUUGAUGCACUUGGACUUAUGGGGCCCUUAUAAACAUCCUUCAAUUACUAGUGCGCAUUAUGUGUUUACACUUGUUGAUGAUUUCAAUAGAAGUACUUGGAUAUUUUUGCUUAACCAUAAAAGCAUGACUCCCCAUAAGGACAAGUUUGCACCAAGAGCUCUUAAAUGCAUUUUUCUGGGUUAUAGCUUAGGACAGAAAGCUUAUAGCCUCUAUGACCUCAAUGACAGAAAACUUUUUACCUCCAGAGAUGUUAUAUUUCAUGAAGAUAUUUUCCCAUAUCGUUCUUUUUCAGCUAAACCUUCUACUUGUCCCUUACCAAUUGUAGAUCCAAUUUCUGAUUAUGAUUUUCCUGUUUCAUCUACAAUUCCUACUCCCAAUUCAACUACUACUGUUGAUUAUGUUCCCCAAAUUGAAUCUGAUCCUGUUUUGUCUACUCCUGUUGAUACUUCUCCAACUCCUGUUUUGUUUCCUCCUUCUACUCAUUCAACUAAUCCUUCUUCACUUACACUUCCUACAUUACCUCAUCUGAGACAAAGCACAAGAAUAAAAAACAAACCUGUUUGGUUCAAGGACUUUGUUACAAAUUGA